AUGACCCUAAUUGAUUCAUCCCGUACUGUACUCCUCUUCCAUCCACCAGCCCCCCCCCCCCCCCGGCGGCUACGCGAACAACUGGAUGGCCUUCGGCUGAGCGACGUGCACUGGGACGCUCUCGUUGAGCUCAAGGAGUUCCUUGAGCCGUUCAACUCCAUCACGAAGGCAGCCGAGGGUUCCUUGUACCCCACGGCUGCUUCAGUCGUGCCGUUGUACAACCAGCUGCUAGACAAGCUGGAGAUCUCCUAUCGUAAGGAAGGCGUCACUCCCCUCCGACAGGCUCUCGUCUCUGCAGCCCUAGCCAAGCUGAAGAAGUACAAGUACGGGGAGAAGGAAGAGUUGGUGAUUGCCACCUUCCUGGACCCCCGCUACAAGACCGUCUUCUUCCAGCUGCCGAAGUGGGAGGCGCGCAAUGCUGCGCGCGUCACAGAGGUGGGGGGGUGUGCUAGGAGGGUGCAGGAUGUAGAUGAGGGGUCGGUGAUACGGCUGGUGCGUGUGCGUUUGGCCGAGUACCAGGCGCGAGUGAGCAGCCGCAGGCAGGGUGGAGAGGGCACGAGCGCGUUGGGGGGGGGCACUGGGCCGAGCGGCGUUACUGGUGGGACCUCGGGCACGACGGGUGCUGCUGGAGGUGGGGGAGGGGGCUUUGAGCACUCCAUCUUUGACGAGAUGGAUGCUCUGGAGGCAGCUGCAGGGGGGGGGGGCACAGGACGAGCGGUGUGCGCCGCGCCGUCGAGCAAUGUCCGCCUCGUUUCAAGGCGUUACACUAAAGGGUUCGCACCAUCCGCGAAAGAGCUUGCGCCAUCCGCGCCGGUCUCGUUUUGCCACCUUCCCCGGGCGCCGCGCCUUGCCUUUGCGCGCGCAACACACCAGCUCCGUGCAUUCGGGAAGGACUUUGGCCGCGCACCUCAUACCCGGAGGGCGGCAUGCGCGCAUGCUUCCGCCGCGCGCGGAGGUGAAAGCGCGGAAGGUCAGCACAUGCCGCUCUCGCCCAUCCCCGUACGGGUAUGCCGGAUUUGGCAGGCGCUGAAGUCGGACUGGCAGGUGUUGGAGGGCAGUGACGGCGAGGGGGGGAAGGCGUUCUGUCGCAGUGUGGCAGUGAGUGCGCCCAAGAUCCGCCUCAUGCGCUCCGCUGACAUCAGCGCCGGGCGCACAUUGCAGGUGCUAAAUCUCAUCGCCUUCCCCCGCCCCGAGUACGACCUGCCAUACUUCUGUGCCGACCUCGUAACCUUCCCCAGGGGCCACCUCAUUGUGCUGGAUCUGAACCCAUUGCAUCAAACUGAGGAGCAUUUCAGCAAGUACAUUGCGCCCAUCAUGCCCAUCGCCAACAAGUAUAUUGAGCACCUGCCGUGGGGCGGUGAGUUCACAGCGGAGUCUCUUCAGUUCUUCUCCCCGGCACUCCUCUGGGCCAAGCUGCCCCUGGAUGCUGACGUCACUGCGCACGUGCUGCCCGCAUUCCAGGAGUACCUGCAGGCAUGGUUGCGCAUGGUGGAGGCAUGUGAGCCCACCAGCGACCCAGCAGUGAUGGCACACAACAUGGAGUCACAGCAUCGCUACAUUUGCUGGCGCUCCGUCAAGGACCCUGGCCGGCCGCUCUUGACGCGCCUGUUUGGAUCUGAACGAUGCGAG